UCAGAUUUCGCGCGCGCAAACGACGUCUCCUCCGCGAAGGUGUUUAUGUUCGCUUCAGGACGACGACCCGCGCAACUUCACCAGCUCAAAAGUUUAAUGAAUCUUUUCGUGUGAAUUAAGUGGUGUUUUAGAAGCAUCAUCGCUCCGGGAUCAUUCUAAAUUGAACCAGUUUUGUGCAGUGGCGGAUUCGUGGUUUAAAUGUUGUCCGGAUUGUAACUGAUGACUGUUUUUCGACUGAAUAUUUCGACCCCCCCGAAACGAUAUCGUUGUGUGUUUCUUUGUGUUGGACUACCUAGAUCGUGGCUUGGUGUGUGCAGCACCUGUCCAGUGAACAAGAUUGUUGAUAGUCCCCCCAUUUGGCCCUGAUCGAAGCCCUGGUGGUGGUGGUCCGUCUGCCACCCAGCUGAUCCGGGAAGCAUGUUUGUGGAAGAUUUGCGGAGGGAUUUCUACGAGCGGCUGAUCGGCAAACGGGUUCUGGUGAUUGUGAACUACGACGUCGAUGCCAUCUGCACCAGCAAGAUCCUGCAGGCCCUGUUCAAGUAUGACAACAUGGUGUACUCCAUUGUGCCCAUCAUGGGUUGCAGCGGUUUGGUGCGGGCCUAUAAUGAGAACAAAGACGACGUGAAGUUUGUGCUGUUUGUCAACUGUGCCGGAUGUAUCGAUAUUCUGGAGCUGUUGCAACCGGACGAGGCCAUGACCUUCUUCAUCUGCGACUCGCACCGGCCGUACGACAUCUGCAAUGUGUACAGUGAAUCACAGGUCCAGAUACUAGGUGCACCGAAGAGAGAAGAAGGCAUCCCAGAAUACGAACAGAUUUAUCAGGAAACGGACGAUGAAGAUGACGACGAAGGCGAUGACGACGAUGAGGUGGACAACAGCGAUGAAGAGGAACGGGGCUCUCGAGAAAUGAACCGGAUUCAACGCAUCGAGCAGCAGCUGUUGAAACGUCGAAAAAGGCGCGAAUGGGAAGAGAAACGGAACCAGCUCAUGUUCGAGUACACCCAGUUCAACUAUUACGGGAGAAGUUCGGCGUUGACCAUUUUCGAGCUGGCUUGGCGUUUGUCCAAGGACUCGAUCGAUCUCCUCUGGUGGGCCAUCGUUGGGCUGACGGAACAACUGCUGAUGGGAAAGAUCGAAAGCGCAACUUAUACAUUAGCUACGGAAAGUGUCCAAUCGCACGUGUCCCGUCUCACCAACAAGGCCAGUGAUCAGACGAUCCAAACGUCCGUUAAGAUCCAUUACGAAAACGAUCUCCACUUAGCACUCUACAGGCAUUGGAGCGUUCUGGAUUCGUUGAAGUACUCGAUCUACCCGGCGUGCAAAAUGAAAUUGUGGACCUACAAGGGCGAGAAGGUCAUGCAUGAGUUGCUGGUCGAUAUGGGGCUCCCUCUGGUGCAAGCCAAGCAGACAUUCAACGCCAUGGAGCUAGAACUGCGCCGAGAGUUUUACGACAAAUUAGAAAAGUUCGCCGAAAAGUACCACAUGCCGGAAAUAAUCUACGGUUCGUUCAUCCUUCAGUACGGCUACCGGAACAAGUACUCCGCCGCAGAUUACGUCUACUCAAUGCUAGCCAUUCUGGAAUCUAUCAAGAAAGACCGCACCCCUGAAACGUGCUUCCUUGAAUCGAUGGAUGCCCUUUCCCGGAACAACAAGGACAUCCUCGACAAUGGGAUCGAUAUGUGCAAAACCCUGCUGGCGGCCAUCUUCAAACAGGUCCAAAGCUCCCUCGAGAUGCACGCCGUCUAUUCGGCCGGACCGUUCCUUUAUUUCAUCCUGCAGGAGGAGGUUUCGUUUUUCACCUGUCCGUACGGUUUGCUGAUGUUGGCUCGGUUCUUGCUGAACGGACAUGUGGCCGUUUCGCGAAAUCGUCGAGCGCGGGAACUACCUCUAAUUGCGGUGGCACCAAUCGACGUGAGUCGUGGUUAUUCGCUGCUGGUCGGUGUUCCACCUGUAUGCGAGGACAGCAAGAACUUUUUCGGUAGGGCUUUCGAACAGGCGGCGCUCAAAAGUGGCGCUACCAUUUCGCAGGACUUUUUCGAACCGACCGUCAUCCAGAUACGACAGGCCGACUGCACUAAGUUCCUCGAUGCACUGACGGUUUUGCUAGGUUAGUUUGAUGUCGAACGCGUUUUUUUCGUUGUUGUCUAGGAACUACGUUCGUGUAAGUUUGGAUUACGCUUUAGCAUAGUUUUACUGUAGGUUUACUUUUACACCUGACUCACACAAUAUUUACCGAUAAGCUGAGGAACCCGACAUUAUAUGAGCUGAUUGCAAAUUA